GUUCUUGACGACCAAUGACUUUGCACAUGAUCUAGCUCCUAACCGGCUCGUACACGGUCAUUUGUUCAACAGAGCUGGUUUGCACGUCACCGAAAUCCCCUCCUACUCCCACUCCCGCUAAAUGCUGCCGAACUUCACAGGCAGCUGCCACACUUCAGCCACUGCACCUACAGAAGAAGACCUGUCACCGUCAGAAGCUGCAAAGUUCAGACUCGGGGACAAAAGCGCACAGGUGCCUCUGGUUUUCCCUCGGAGUGGGCUCAAAAUGGCAGACUCUAAGAUGAAAGGACCCAAGCUGAACAUCCUGCUCGUGGGCAAAACUGGAAGUGGGAAGAGUGCGACAGGGAACACCAUCCUUGGGAAGAAAGCAUUUAAAUCUGAACUGACAGCAGCUUCAGUGACCAAGAGCUACAGUGCAGACACUGCCUCAUUCCGUGGAAGAGACAUUGCCGUUAUCGACACUCCUGGCCUUUUUGACACCCAGAGAGCCAAUAAGGAAACAGCUGAACUGAUUGGAAAUGCUCUUCGUCACUUCUAUGGAGGGGUGCAUGCUAUCAUCCUGGUGAUGCAACUGGCCCACAUCAGUAAAGAAGAGGUGGAAGUGGCUGAGUGGGUGACAAAGAUUUUCCAUACUGAAGCACAGAAGUACACGAUCCUGUUAUUCACCCGAGCAGAAGAACUUGGGAGUCCAGAUGAUAUCCGCGAUUUCGUGGAAAAAAGCACGUACCUCAGUGGGAUGGCAGAAAAAUGUGAAAAUAGGUACAUUGCUUUCAGCAACAUAGCAGCAGAGCAGAGAAGGAAACAGCAGGUUGCAGACCUCAUUAAAAUGAUUGAUGCGAUGGUAGAGAAGAACAAAGAUGCUCCGUGUUACACGCGAGAAAUGCUGGAGAAAGACACACGGACAGCUUUUGAAAAGUAUUGUACCAUACUCUAGCCAACAAGGCUUUGGUCAGACGGGCGAUGUUUCCUCUCUUGUGCCUUUCCUGCCACGCUCUGAAGAUCACUCUCUCCUUCCUCUCCUGACGUUUCCUCCUGUCCCGUCAGUGACCUACCUUUUCCCCUGGCCCGUGCCAUUGCUCUCUUGACAGGCUGCGAGAGUGCAAUGGGUGUCUGGCGACGUGUAAUUCUCCUCUGCUGCUCUGUUGUGCUGGGAAGCCGGAGACCUUGGCUGGGUGGCAGAGAGCUGCACUGCCCUGCUGCAGCACCACUGCGCUGACUCUCUCCUCCCUGGUCUGAAGACACGGCAAGCUGAAAGCAAUGGGAACAUAAGGACUGUGAGAUGUGCCCCCUCAGACCAGAGAUCAGCCUGGAGUGCUGCUUCCUAGAUCAAAGCCUCUUGUCCUCCCCGUGGCAGCCAGGGCUCUAGGAACUUCUCCAGGCUUCGGGAGGUUUCAUGGUGCCAGCCUUGGUCCCUCUGCAGUGGGAUGCUGCUGGUGUCGCUGGCUGUGCUGCCCCUGCCUUCGCUGGGCAAUGCGAGUAAUUGUAUGUGAUCGCUGGGUCUACAGAAACUCAUCUAAUAAAUGCCCAUAAAUGCCCAUAAA